UAGGGAAAGGGCGUUGGGUGAGCGAGCUUUGGCAGCCGGCGGGCGGCGGGGACUCCAAGCACCUUGACCCUGGCGCGAGGCGGCGUCGCGCACGCUUACAGGUGCCCGCGCGGGCCCGCGGCUCGGGCGCCCUCCCGUUGGCCGAGAAGGAGGAGGGGGCCGUGUCGGCGUCCAGCCCCUCGCGCCCAGGAUGGACGUGCCAGCCAGGGUGUCCCGACGAGCGGCGGCGGCGGCGGCCAGGAUGCUUCUGCGUACUGCCCGCGUCCCUCGCGAGUGCUGGUUCCUGCCGACCGCGCUGCUCUGCGCCUACGGCUUCUUCGCAAACCUCCGGCCGUCGGAGCCGUUCCUCACGCCCUACCUUCUGGGACCCGACAAGAACUUGACCGAGAGACAGGUCUACAAUGAAAUUUAUCCGGUGUGGACAUACUCUUACUUGCUGCUGCUAUUUCCCGUGUUCCUUGCCACAGACUACCUCCGGUACAAGCCUGUCAUCCUGCUGCAGGGACUCAGCCUUAUUGUGACAUGGUUCAUGCUGCUCUAUGCCCAGGGACUGCUGGCCAUUCAGUUCUUGGAAUUCUUCUACGGCAUCGCCACAGCCACCGAAAUCGCCUACUACUCCUAUAUCUACACUGUGGUGGACCUGGGCAUGUAUCAGAAAGUCACAAGCUACUGUAGAAGUGCCACCUUGGUGGGCUUUACAGUGGGCUCCGUCCUAGGGCAGAUCCUCGUCUCCGUGGUGGGCUGGUCACUGUUCAGCUUGAACGUCAUCUCCCUCACCUGCGUUUCUGUGGCUUUUGCUGUGGCCUGGUUUCUGCCUAUGCCACAGAAGAGCCUCUUCUUUCACCACAUUCCUUCCUCCUGUCAUGGAGUGAACGGCCUCAAGGUACAAAAUGGUGGCAUCGUUACUGAUACCCCAGCAGCUAACCAUCUUCCUGGAUGGGAGGACAUUGAGUCAAAAAUCCCUCUAAAUUUAGAUGAGCCUCCGGUGGAAGAACCGGAGGAGCCCAAGCCAGACCGGCUGCGGGUAUUCAGAGUCCUGUGGAAUGACUUCCUGAUGUGUUAUUCCUCCCGCCCUCUGCUCUGCUGGUCCGUGUGGUGGGCCCUGUCCACCUGCGGCUAUUUCCAAGUGGUGAACUAUGCGCAGGGAUUGUGGGAGAAGGUGAUGCCUUCUCAGAAUGCUGACAUCUACAAUGGCGGUGUAGAGGCCGUUUCAACCUUGCUGGGUGCUAGUGCUGUGUUUGCAGUUGGCUAUAUAAAGCUAUCUUGGUCAACUUGGGGAGAAAUGACGUUGUUCCUGUGUUCUCUCCUGAUUGCUGCUGCAGUGUAUGUCAUGGACACUGUGCAGAGCAUCUGGGUGUGCUAUGCAUCCUAUGUUGUCUUCAGAAUCAUCUACAUGGUACUCAUCACCAUAGCAACUUUUCAGAUUGCUGCGAACCUCAGCAUGGAACGUUACGCCCUUGUGUUCGGCGUGAACACCUUCAUUGCCCUGGCAUUGCAGACUCUGCUCACUCUGAUUGUUGUGGAUGCCAGGGGCCUUGGCUUAUGUAUUACCACUCAGUUCCUGAUUUACGCCAGUUACUUCGCAGCCAUCUCUGUGGUUUUCCUGGCUAAUGGCAUAGUCAGUAUUAUAAAGAAAUGCAGAAAGCGAGAAGAUCCCAGCUCCAGCCCCCAAGCCCCCACGUCCUAACGUGCCCCCGAAGUGCUGCUGCUUCCAAGCAAGGAUUCCGCACCGCAACUGCUUGGAUGUAUUUAAACUCCUUAUGGUUCAGAUAACUAUUUCUGAAUGUAUAUUUCAUGGCUUCAAAGCAGCUACUCAACUAACACCUUGCAGUCUUGAGUUAGGAUAAUACUGUUAGGAGAAGCCAGACCUGAAGCUUUUUUUUUUCUUGGAUUGCUUAUGAACAGUAAUUUAAGAAUGACUUUUUCUAAUUCAAGAAAAAAAAAAACCCACAAAACUUGAUUUUGAAAAACCGAAUAACCAAGCAGCACGUCUGCUCUUUCCCCGAUUAGCGUGUGAGUGCGAUGCUUUCUAGUCACACUCAUCACUCGCCCAGACCUGUGGCCUGGUGGGACCAGGGCUUCAGAAGCCACAGGACGGUACAAGCCUCGCCAGACGCGUUCUGUCAGCACUUGCCCCCGCCAGCCUCAUUCUGGUUUCAGUGUUACGUGUGCGCGUGUGUGUGUGUGUGUGUGUGUGUGUGUGUGUGUGUGUGUGUGUGUCUGCAGAUGGAAAUCGUUCCUCACUGGCAGUAUCUACUCGGGUUCAACGUUCUGUCCUCUGAGGAGUGUUAUGUCUGAUUUUAUUUGAAAAGUUCACUGUAUGAGUGUUAGUGCCUCUUCCCAUUUUGACCGUUGUAUAUUUUUGGAAACAUUCUUUAGAAUACAUUUCUGCAUUAUUCGUAUGCUUCCCAGAGAAGCUCAUUUCAUUACAAAAGGCACAUUUUAAAGCCUGCUGAUAACUGAGGGGGGCUAAUCAGGUUAGGUUUGCUUGUCUGUAAUACUUUUGUAUGAAGGACUCUUAAUUGCAACUGAAAAGGUCAUGUAUAGGUUAGAGAUACAGGGAGCCCAUUUUAUAUUUGCAUACCCUUUUAUUUCCAAAACAAAAUGAGCUCUUUUCCUUUGAGACAAUAUCAUUCCCAUAUACCUCUCAUUGUCUUGGCUUUCUUAUCCAAGACGAGAAGAUAUCAGUCGGAACUGGAUUAUUCCACAGCCUUUUUUAUAAACUGAGCCUCUUCUUAAUGAUUGUUCUGGGCUUGGCAGUAGGAUAGACUUGAUGCCUGCGUUUUGGACCUUAGACCUGCCCGCCUUUGUUCCUACCGUUAGCUCAUCUUGAGAGAUACUUAAAAGUAUCUCCUCAUUACUUGAAAGAAUGACGUUCUAUAUGCUAAUAUUUGUGAGACAUGAAAACUAUUUCAAAGCCAACUUUGUUGUCUUGUAUAACAUGUCUAGGUAGGUGCUUUCAACGAGAGUGUUGACCUUUUUAAGACGGACAUAGCUGCAGGGUAUUAUCAAUACUGAGAUUGCAAAACUGGAGCUUGGCAAGUGUGUAGAAGACCCUGGCUUAAGUUCCAGCACUGGAAAGACCAAAGUGCAAACAUGCAUGGGAGGAGUGAGGGUAACAGAGGCCAUGCCGUACGUCUUCCUUUGCAGCUAGGGAAAGAACACUAAGGAGAUGGAGAACUAAGGUCAGAGUAGCAGUCUCCAGUCUUACGUUUUGGUCUCUUUCCUCCUACAGUUCCUUGUUGCUCUAUAGGAAGUUGGUUGCCCAGAAACAAGAAGAAACAUUGUGAUUGAGAAGUGUCCUUUUGUUUUUUUAAAAUAACAUGUAUUAUGGUACAAUCAAAUUGUUCACAUUACCAAAGCAAUAUUUCUUUGAGAUUCAGUUCACUGUUUGUGGCAUCUCAUCUGAUCCUUCUUUACCUGUCUAAAUCAAGACUGUAUCCACAUUUUACCACGCGGCCAUAUUUGCAGAAUGCAGAACCCAGUGGGCUGUACUGUAUGCACUUUGAUGAAGAAGUGAAAAUAAUCCGUUGUACUUUUUAUUCAAUCUGUAUAGACUAUAAAACUAUUUUUAUUAAAUAAAUAUUUUACAGUAUAUUUUCCCUUUUCACU